GUCAUGACGGCACCAAUUUAAACUGUGACUCACGACCUUGUGGGUGACGGUGAGACUUGCCGUAUUUCAAAAACGAAAUAGAAGCAUCAUCCGAACCGUUUCACCCUAGUUAUUACUCAUCUAAUUAGUUAUCCGUUUUCCUAGUAAAUGAGUUGUCUAAUUUUGGCAAUACUGCUAUCUGUACAAAAUUACUGGCUGCUGAAUACUCCAACGCCAAACUGAAAUGUCGAUGUAAUUGAGUUUAUUCAUUUGUAAUUCUCGAGCCAGUGUUGCCGUCUUAAGGGUUCUCGGCCUUAGGUUGGUGAAAAAUGUGAAUUCACCCAGUCCCCUAACUUUGGGGAAGCUUAGGUAAAGUUGUAAUUGGAGACUCCAGAAUUUCCGCUAGGUUUUUUUCUUCAACUUGCUUGAUAAAAACUCGCAAGACUAAGGUGAAUUUAAAGUUUUUUAAGGUUUACUCAGAAUUCUCACCACUUUUGUGGAAACCCAUUGAACUUCAUCGACACUUCCCAACAUUUCUGAUUAGACCCUUCUCGAAACUUAGUCCCACGAAAGGACCAUCAGGACAUAAGGAUUGAUUUAUAUACACGAAAAAAGCGCAGGUUGUAAGCUGGUGGGAGGAAUCGAUAAGUCUUCUGUUCAAUGACUAUGAAACUGAUACUAAACUGAUGAUGAAACUACGAGUUGAUAAAGAUAAUAACAAUCUCCUAAAUAAGUCACCAUCAUCUAACUAAGCCGUUACAAUUUAUAAAUCUAGCUGUAACUCACAUUCCUAUUGGUGAUUAGACUUAAUCUCAAAUGUCUUUUCCAUGUGUUUUUUUAUCAUCUAUAAUACAAACUAGUAUAAUCAAUAAUUCAUGCCCAUACCUCAGUAACAACGUGUGGGAACGUUUGUACUGAUAAGUGGUCCGUUCAGUUAGUAGCAAAUUAUGAUGCAACUGUAAAUGCUUAUCUAAAGUUCACCAUUUUUAACAAAACUAAAUUUCAUACUACUGGAAUUCGUAAAACCUAAAACUGGGAUGAACUCGCCAGUUUUUUAAGUCAGUAAUAAAUCGCACUCCGUAGUUAGACUUCAUUGCUCCCCUAUCAUUCAGUUUUAUAGUUGCAUACUACAGAAUGUUGAUAUUUUUGUUUGUCAUAAUGUAUAUAAAGUGCUUAUUUCUCUUUCUUAAAGAGUUAUUUUGACCUCAAUUUGGAGAAUGUCCUACUUUUCAAAACUGCGCAAUGUACGCAAUAUUUUGUCUUGCACUAUGCACUGUGGUCGUUAUUCUAGUUCUUCCGAAUCUCCAGAACAACUAUCUCAAGUCCUAAAUAAGCAUUUGUUGGAACGUAUUAACACUUUCGGACCCUUAACUGUAGCUGAAUACAUGAAAGAAUGUUUAUCUAACCCACUAUAUGGUUAUUAUAAUACACACAGUGUUUUCGGAAAAUCUGGAGAUUUUACCACUUCACCUGAAAUAUGUCAAAUCUUUGGUGAGUUGAUAGGUGUAUGGUUGCUGGAAGAAUGGAAAAGACAAAACAGCCCUAAACACCUACAACUCGUUGAACUUGGUCCAGGACGUGGCACACUUUGCUCUGAUAUACUAAGGGUUUUUUCCAAAUUCCCAGACAUAUAUUCAACAUUAUCAAUACACUUAGUUGAAAUAAGUCAAUCAAUGCAACAGACUCAAAAGCAAACAAUAGAAAAAACUCUGUCAUGUUUAGAUAAUAAACCUCCACUUAUAUUUUGGCAUACUGACUUACGCCAAGUUCCUGAAAAGUUCUCAUUUUUUAUAGGUCACGAAUUUUUCGAUGUGCUUCCAGUUCAUUGUUUUCAGAAACAUGAAGGAAAAUGGCACGAAGUUUUAGUUAGCUCCAUGAUAAAUUCUAGUAGCUUAUGUUUUGUACGUUCAAGCACAAAAACUCCAGCAUCAAUAGCAUAUCUUCCGUUAGUUCCUAAUCUGUCGAACCGAAACUCUGUGGAAAUCUGUCCUGAUAUGAUAUGUAUCACACAGUUAUUAUGCAAACGAAUUAAUAAAACGGGUGGUAGUGCACUGUUGAUUGAUUAUGGUCAUGAAGGUGAAAAAGGUGAUACAUUUCGUGGUUUUCAUAAACAUUCAGUUUGUGAUCCUCUCAUCAAUCCUGGUCACACUGAUCUAACAUGUGAUGUUGAUUUUAGUAUUUUAUGUCAGGCAGUCAAAAACUCCGAUGCUAAAGUAAAACUUCAUGGCCCUGUAACUCAAGCUUAUUUUCUUAUCAACAUGGGUUUAUUCACUCGAUUAAAGGUUUUAUUGUCUAAAUGUGAAUCAGAACAACAAAAGGAUGAAUUGUUUUCAGCGUGUGAAAUCCUCGUCACCAAUGAACAAAUGGGUAGUCGAUUCAAAGUUGUUGCAAUCACCCCUGAGCUAGAAUCAGAUUCUGUUGGUUGUGAGCAACAACUACCUGGUUUUACUCCAUUAUCUGGUACACCAUAUGCACAGCCGAAUUCUGUAUAGAUAAUGUUUUUUUGUAUAACUUCCCUUGUUUAUUGAUCAGCUAAAUUACUAAACUCAGUCCAUUAGCUUUGUACAUAUAAAACUCAAAUAUAUGUUUAUUAUUGUAUA